GCAUUAUUGUGUCAUAAUAAUUUAACUUCAGUACUAUUAAAUUAUCAAUUUAAUACUGUGAUAUUACUAUUAAUUUAAGGUUUAAUUUAAGAACUGCAUUUCAUCGAAAGUAAUGGCAGGCAAUUUUUGAAGGACUAGAAAAUGUGUGUGUACACACACACACACACACACACAAUCACAUAAGAAAUGUUAUUGAACACUGGAAAUUUUACUAUUUGUUUGAUAUUCUCUAAAUCUUAAAUUGAGUAAUUUUUCUUAGCAAUGUAGAACGACAUUUUUCAGUGUGUAAUUAUUUUGUGCUUUUAUUGUCUUUUUUUGUGUAUAAAAAUUCAUAUUAUAUAGGUGAAGUCAUUGUGUACUGGUCGUCUUGGAGAAGAUGAAAGGGAUAUUCUUUUGAUUGGUACUAUUUCUCAUGUGCUUGCUUAUCAUGUGGAAGACAAUGCUGAUGUUUUCUAUAAGGAGAUGGUGCAAAUUGCAUGCUUGUUGCAAAACUUGGGUGGCUGCCAAACCAUGUUGUAGUAGUAGGUGGUAAUUGUUCAGUGACAGUCUUAGAUGCACAUGGAACAGAAAUAUUUUGGACAGCAAUGGGAGGUAUUGUCACUUCAUUGGCAGUUUUUGAUUUUGAUGGAGAUGGAGAAAAUGAAUUACUGACGGGUACAACAGAUUUUGAAAUUCGAGUACAGAAGGAAGACACCAUGCUUUGGGAAACUAAGGAAACAGCAGCGAUUGUUGUUUUAACUAAUCUUCCGCAUAGACAAUUUGCUUAUGCUCUUGAAAACGGAACAAUUGGUGUUUACGAAGUAGGACAGAGACUGUGGCGAGUUAAAUCAAAGCAUAAGGUGAUAUCCGUAGACACUUUCGAUAUAAAUGGCGAUGGUGUACCGGAGUUGAUCACCGGUUGGAAUAGCGGAAAAGUGGAUGCAAGAAUAUAUAAUACUGGUGAAGUCAUGUUUAAGAUUCAGCUACCAUCCGGUGUAGCAGGCAUAGUGGAUGCUGAUUAUCGGAGGACGGGUAAACCUGAUCUGGUGGUAGUGUCUACUAACGGCGAAGUACGUGGAUACAGUGCUGGCACUGCGAUGCAGACUCCGGAACCUGGUGAGAUGAUUCGCGAACUAUUAGCCAAGAAACAGGCACUUCAAAUGGAAUUGCGACAAAGGGCUGCGACGGGUUCCAGUAUGUAUUACGGAUCGAGAUUAGCUAUCAGCCUGCUGACAAACAGGGGUGCAGUUCGUGUCGCGCUUGCCGCAGGGCCCGGGCUUCUGGUGUAUUGCGCCAUAGUCUUUGCCGAGGGCGUUUUCGAGGGAGAGACGCUGGUUACGCACCCCAUCAGGCCACAAGGGGAGUUAGAAAUUCCGCUUUAUCCUGCCAAGAAUGAUCCUGUAGAUAUUCAUGUUAAAGUGUACGUUGGACCUGCUGGAACCGAUUUACUGCAGGUUUUCGAGAUAACGCGACAGUUGCCAAAAUUUUGUAUGUACGAGCGCAUCCCGAAACCGCAACAAGUCGCAGAAGAACUAUUGAGCAACGGUCUUACGGCGGACAUCGCGGAAAGACCGCAGCGGAUCGCCAUUUGGCUGAAUCAGAGUCUCAUUCUGGGAGAAGAAUUAGAGGUCACGGAGAGUGGCCCGAAUGCUGGGUGCAUCGAAGUGUGGCUUCGUGGGAUGCGGGACGACAAAGUGCACUGCUUCAAAUCGAACGCCGGUGGAAAAGUAACGAUCCAGACUAACGAUGCAACGUUUGCUGGUGACAUUAUUCAAUCUCUCACUAUGUAUCUAGGCAUCAGAGAACUGAAUUCGGAAGCGACGUUCCCCGCGGAAGAGAAGAGGAUGUUGGAUGCAUUGGAGCGUGUCAAAGGCUUGAAGGAAAUCGACGCGCGGUUGCAAGCAGAAGCCGCGAACGGUGCCACUCUUCUGAAGAGUAUCGUGAUUCGUCUGGAAGAUGCUAGGAUCCUCGAGAAUAUCGACGACAUGCGAAGGAGGCUGAUGCAGUUGAAAAACAUCAACGGCGACUUAAUUCGAGAGCACGAGAUUCGGCUCAACAGUCAUCGAGAGCUCGCGGCCAGCUUGAAGGAACUGAACAUCGGAGUGCAAUGUGCGGCGAGACUCAGAGUGGGGAAAGCCGCCGCCAACGCAGUGGCUCGUUGUAGAACGGCGAUCCAGGAUGAAAAUCCGAAAGCUCUUGCGCUCGCGAUAAAACACGGCUAGCUCAAAAUAAUCAUAGACUAAUUGCGCAAUACAAUUAUCGAUUAUAUUAUGAUUGUCUUUUGUAACAAAAAUAUUUCAAAACUGCCAGCGUUACUCGUGUUGUUGACGAGGAAUACGAGGAAAGGAAUACUUCGAAAUAUCGGCGUGAAUUCAAAAAUGUACAAGCAAUUUAAAUUUUUUACAAAUAUAGAUUUAUUAAAACAGUUAGAAUAUAUAUAUUUCUGUACAGUGUUCUCCUUCGAUGUGUAGCAGAAUAAAAUUAUUCAAUCUCGA